GUAUGAUUUCAUAGGGAAAUAAACUUGUUGAUGAAGUAGAAGGGGAUGAACAUAAUUGUAAUAAUCUGGUGGAUGAACAAGAUGGAGAUCAAGAUAAUGACAAACAAAGUGAUGAAGAUAUGCAAGAAGGUGAAGAAGACAGUGCACAAGAAGAUAGUGCAGAAGACAUGGAGCAAGACGAUAGUGCACAAGAACAUGAAGAAGGUGAUGAAGAUAGUGCAGAAGAAGAAGAUGAUGAACAAGACGAUGGACUAAACGAAAGUGAGGAAGAAAAUGAGGAUGAACAAGAAGAGGAUGAAACAGAAAAUCAAGCUCAAGUCAACAAUGCACAACCAAAGAUUAAAAUAACAAAAUACAAAAGGAAAAAGGAAGCUGCAUUUGAAACUCAUAUACCAAGAAAAAGGAUUGCUGGAACAUUAUAUCCACUAUUGAAGUUCAUGAACAAGGAUGUUAAGAAAACAGAAGGGGCUAAACAUAUAAAUAAGAAAAAAGACGAGGUCAAGAUAAGGAUAUCUCCAAGGCAUUUUAGUAAGAUGGUAGGUGAACUCACAAAAGAGCAGAGGGACUGGGUUACAAGAGCUGGUUUUGCACUCUUACUGGAUUUUGAGCUUGACAUUUUGCCAACCAAAAUCGCCUACAAUGUACUCCAAAUCUUUGAUCACCACUCAAUCUCACUGAAGUUGAAGGAUGGAGAUAUUAAUAUUACAAGUGAAGAUGUUUAUGAUGUGUUAGGCCUGCCAAAUGGAGGACAUCCUAUUAUUCUGGCAUCACCUGGAAAGUACAGUCAAAGAAUCAAAGAUUGGCAUGCACAAUUCACUUUAUCUGAUCAAAUAACAACACAGAUGAUUGUUCAAGUGAUGAAAAACCAAGAAGUUAAUGAUAACUUCAAAUUAAACAUCCUUCUUGUUAUGUCAAAUGUGCUUAUUGGUACAAAAGGAGCUUCUUAUGUGGACAAACAACUGCUGCAACUUGAUGAUAACCUUGACAAUCUCAAGAAGUAUAACUGGGCAGAUUUCCUCCUAGGCUACCUUGUAAUUGGAAUGGAGAGUUGGAACAGAACAACAACAACAUUUUUCCGAGGAUCACUAAUCUUUCUCACUUUGUUAUAUGUCGACCGUGUGAGGUACAAAGGAAUGAACCUGGUUGAUAGACAAUUUCCUUCCUACAAUGGUUGGACUCUAGAAAUGUUGAGACAAAGACAAGAAAUUGAGGUGAUUGGUCGACGGAGUUUUUGGAGUUGGAUCAAUCCAACCAAGUUUAAAAGAAUAUCUACAAAAAAUUGA